AUGUUUGGCCACCGAUUCAAAGAAAAACACUUUACUCAUUUCGACCCAAAGCUCGUCCCGGUUAACCAUGGUGCUUACGGUGCUGCACCGACAUGUGUUGUCGACAAGUAUUUUUCGGAGUUGCGUCGUGAUUUUUCAAACACCGAUAGAUACUUGAACAAGGAACAGAGACAGGUAUACGAGCAUUCACGAGAUGAAAUGGCGAAAGUGCUAAAGUGUGAUCCAAAGAACUUGGCGCUUAUUGCCAAUGCUACCACUGGUGUGAACAUAGUCUUGAGAUCGUUCCCAUUCUCCAAAGGAGAUAAGAUCGCCAUGCCGUCGACAACAUUCUCUUCGUGUGCGUCUACAGUGAAGUUCUUGAAGGAAUACCAGGGCGUUGAAUUUGUCAUUGUAGACUUGGAGUUGCCAAUGGCAGAUGUCGAUGUUUUAUCUGCAUUUCGGCAUGUUUUUGAAACCCACGAAAUAAGGCUAGCCCUUUUCGAUGCUGUGGUGUCUUUUCCGGCCGCAAAGAUGCCCUAUGUGGAAUUGGCUCAGUUGUGUAGGGAUUUUGAUGUUGUAUCUGUCGUCGAUGGCGCACAUUCGGCUGGGCUAGUACCGGUGGAUUUCUCUGUUUUCAAACCGGACUUCUACACCUCCAAUCUCCACAAGUGGUUCUAUGUACCGCGGCCUUCUGGAGUGUUGUAUGUUGAUCCAAAGUAUCACAACACGGUCCAGCCUAUGCCCAUUGGCCAUACGUAUUACCUGCCCAAAGAACAACCUGGCGAAGAUUUGCUACUAGAGAAAUUUUCGUACGUCUCUUCCAGCGUUUUUGGUGGAGUGGCCAGUGUUCCUGCAGCAAUAGAGUUCAGAAAGAACGUCUGUGGUGGAGAAGCAGCUAUUUCUGAAUACUGCUUCACCUUGGCCAGAAAAGUUGGAGAUCUCGUGGUGAAAAAAUGGCCUGGUUCGUAUGUGAUGGAAAACAAAGACAGCACGCAAUCAACUGCAAUGAUUAACAUUGUAUUCCCGAUCCACAACUACGUUUCCAACUUCGAUUUCUCUCUGGGGCCGGCCUUUUCGGAUUACCUCAAAAUUGCGCUUCUUGAUCAAUACAACACUUUGGCUCCAAUUCAAGUCUACAAGAACAAAGUGAUUGUACGGUUUUCGUGUCAGGUGUACAAUGAGCUUUCGGACUACGAAUAUGCAUGUGAAGCUAUUCAUAAAACAGUGCAGUCUUUCUUUGAGAAGCACUAA